CUUGGUUUAAGCGCGUGCACGUGCACUUGUCAUGUUACAAGAGCUGUGUGCACAGCUUGCAAGCUUGAACAUUUGAACGUGCUUCUUGUUCGGUUCCGUUCUCUUUACGAUUUAGUACGAAAUGCCCUACCUUGAUGAGCAAACCUUCAAUUUGUACGCUAGAGACGUCGGCACACAACUCACUCCGAAUACUACUCAGAAGACGACUUUAAUCGUUGCUGGCUGCUAUGUUAUACUUAUUGCUAUUCUCUGGCAUGUCCCAGUAUUGAGUUGGAUUAUAUACCCUUUCAAAUUGCUUACUGUGGGCUUCCAUGAGAUGAGCCAUGCAAUUGCUGGUAUCUUGACUUGUGCUACUAUCCAUUCCGUCGAGCUCGAUCCUGACGAAGGCGGCGAGACCCGCAUGUCGGGCGGUGUACCAUGGAUCACCCUUCCUGCCGGAUACCUUGGGUCCUCACUCAUUGGCGCUUCUCUUAUUGCAUGUGGAUUUGAUACCAAUGCGAGCAAAAUAGCUUGUAUUGUUCUUGGUGUAUUUUUCAUCUUCACGUUAUGGUGGGCGCGCAAGAAUUGGCUGACAUGGAUACUCAUUCUUGGAAUGUCUGGCUUGAUCGUGUUAUUCUGGCUAGUGGCGGACAGCGUUGCGUUGCGCUUCUUUGUCUUGUUUGUUGGCGUGAUGUCGGAUUUGUAUGUGCUGUGGGACGUGAUAGACGAUACCAUCGCGCGGAAAGUCAACAGCUCCGAUGCAUCCGCGUUCGCUCGGGUUUGUGGCUGUUUCCCAUCUCAAGUGUGGGGCGUCAUUUGGCUUAUCGUAGCCUUCAUGUUCUUUGCCGCUGGCAUCAUAGUGGGGCUAGUUGCGUUCAAGGAGUCUUCGUCGGAACAGGAAUCGGCAGCCGCACACUUCCUUCCUGCUCCAGGAUCGAGCGGUGCCAUGACAUCUGUACCAUUACCGGGUGUCCUCUUAAUGAUUGUUACGACCCUCUCAUGGAAGUUGUUGUUGUGACUUUGAAAAUCAGAACCAGUGAUUGGGCUUAUUGAUACCAGAUAUGACAAUCCUGUAGCUUUUACUGUUGGUUCUAGAUGCAGAAUGAUGCUUUGUAUACUUGACUUGUUGAUACUGUUUUGAUCCGACCUUUUUUGAUCCCAGCACUAUUUUGAUAACUCCUGCACUGCGUGCCACACUGUUACAGUCCUCGCUGGUACGUCGAUGCAGAGAUCUUGUUAUUGAUAUUCACGUCACCGAACGAACGGUUGACUUCGGAACACGGACUACAGGCUACAUACUGCUUGACCCGGUGAACCCUAUUUACAGUAGCCUAGUGCCGAGAUCUUAGCGGUGGU